AUGGCAGAGGAAGGGAAUCAAGUUCAUGAUCUUAACACUGUUCUUUGCUCUUCAGUCCGUAACUUCCUUGUUCGCAACAACGGGGAAGAGGUUAAAGUAGAGACUCUGAAGGGGAAAAAAGUAGGAUUAUACUUCUCAGCAUCAUGGUGUGGUCCGUGUCAACGUUUUACCCCGAAGCUUAUAGAGGCUUACAAUGAACUCACCCCAAAAGGUGACUUUGAGAUUGUAUUUGUCUCUGGGGAUGAAGAUGAUGAGGCCUUUAAAGAGUAUUUUGCUAAGAUGCCUUGGUUAGCGAUACCCUAUUCUGAUUCCGAAACACGUGAUCAGUUGGAUGAGGUGUUUAGUGUCCGGGGAAUUCCUCAUCUUGUGAUCCUCAAUGAAAGUGGAAAGGUUUCCACAGAUAGUGGAGUUGAAAUCAUCGGAGAGUAUGGGGCGGAAGCAUAUCCUUUUACUGAGGAAAAGAUCAAAGAAAUCAAAGAGCAGGAAGCAGUGGCCAGGAGGGAACAGCCUUUAAAGUCUGUCCUGCUUUCUCACUCACGUGACUAUGUCCUUGAUCAUGAUGGAAAUAAGGUUUCUGUCACCGAACUGGAGGGGAAGACAGUGGGCUUGUAUUUCGCAUUAUCCUCUUUUGGUGCAUGCAUUGCAUUUACUCCUAAACUCAUUGAACUCUAUGACAAAGUAAAAGAAAAGGGAGAGAAUUUUGAGAUUGUGACAAUACCCCUUGAUGAUGACGAAGAAGCAUUUAAGGAUGCAUUCAAAAACAUUCCGGGGUUUUCCUUGCCCGUAGGAGACAAAAACUGUGAGAAGUUAGUACGGUAUUUUGAGCUCUUCACCUUGCCUACAGUUGUCAUCCUCGGACCUGAUGGGAAAACAUUACAUUCUAAUGCUGCUGAAGCGAUAGAAGAACAUGGCUCUCAAGCAUAUCCUUUCACACCAGAGAAAUUUGCUGAGCUUGAGGAGAUAGAAAAGGCUAAGCUGGAAGCACAGACACUUGAGUCUGUUCUUGUUUCAGGAGAUCACGAUUUUGUGAUUGGCAAAGAAGGAAAAAAGGUUCCAGUUUCUGAUCUGGUUGGGAAACACGUACUCCUUUACUUCUCUGCUCACUGGUGCCCUCCUUGUCGUGCUUUUACCCCAAAGCUUGUUGAAGUAUAUAAGGAGAUCAAAAGUAAAGUUGAAGCAUUUGAAAUUAUCUUCAUAUCAAGCGACAGGGACCAAAAUGCGUUUGAUGAGUAUUUUGCAAGUAUGCCUUGGCUGGCACUUCCCUUUGGCGAUGAAAGGAAGAAGUCCCUUAGUCAUUUGUUUAAGGUUAGAGGCAUACCGAUGUUAGUUGCUCUUGGACCAACUGGCAAGACUAUCACCACUGAAACCAGAGAGCUCAUCAUGGAGCAUGGUGCCAGCGCCUUUCCCUUCACCAAUGAGCGACUGAAGGAGAUUGAAAUGGAGUAUGAGGAGAUGGCAAAGGGGUGGCCUGAGAAGCUGAAGCAUGCGUUACACGAGGAACACGAACUCGUACUGAGUAAGCGCCAAUCUUACGUCUGUGAUAGCUGUAAAGAAGGGGGACAAGUCUGGUCUUUCUAUUGCGAACAGUGUGACUUUGAUCUCCACCCAAAAUGUGCCUUGGAAGAAAAGGAGGAGAAGAAACCCGACGCCGAGGCAGGAACUGCCGAUGAAGAGAAGAAAGAAGGAUGGGUAUGCGAUGGAGACGUCUGCCGUAAAGCUUGA